AUGAAUGAGAACAAAUAUCUUCACGAUAAAAAAAGGUACAACAAAUUCUACUGGACUUCCGGACGUCGCUGUGACUUCGACGACACUUGCCUGCGCCACGACCUGCAGCCCGUUGACAUCAAUGGCUGGUUCUGGUCUGCCUCCAACAAGAAAAUGCGGCCGACCAAUCAGAGGAGCCCGGCUAAUGAUUGGUCAUAUACGGGGGGGUACGGACGCCCCCAGCCUGACAACCGGGAACGGAGCUUAGGAGGGGACAACGAGUCGUGUUUGGCCGUCCUCAACAACCACUACAACGACGGCGUGCGCUGGCAUGACGUGGCUUGUCAUCACCGGAAGCACUGGGUAUGUGAGGACUCCGAUGAGCUCCUCACCUUCGUCAGGAGGAAUAAUCCGUUUAUAAGGUUGUAG